AGGUGGAUCUAGCUUAACCGGGUCGAAAACCGUGUUAUCCAGCUCCAACCGCCCGAUUCUAACUCCAUUUUUUUUGCUUGGGUAAGAGUGUCAUUAGGAUUUUUCUUGUGUCCAAUAUUACUUCAAAUACUAAUUGUUGCUGCUAUUCCUACACCGACACAAAUUCUUUCCACACUAUUACAAAAUGAUCAUGUCAAAGGUGCAUCUGUUCAAUUAGUACCAUCUAUUUAUAAUCUACAAACAAUUGUUACCUAUGGAAAUAAUAAUAACACUGGUACCCUAACAUCACUCGUAAGAUAUCUGACGAAUCAAAGUGCUACAGUUGAUUUAAUUUCAACAGAUACAAUUUUAACUUAUAUUCAAUCACAAUAUAGACAAACUGAAACAAUAUUUAUACACAAGUAUCAAAUUGCACAAGGAUUAUACAACAAUGUAACAACAACAUCGUUAACAUUUGAUGCUUUUUAUAGCACAGUUAAUUAUCAUACAGCUGCUGUUAGUUUAGGCGUUUCAAUGACACAAUUAUAUCAAUUUUAUUCCAAUUCUCAAUCAAAACAAAUAAUAACAACAAAUCAACCGAUUAUAACGACAAAUUCAGCAUCUACAUCAAAAGCAGCUGAUGUCUUACUUAAACUAUUCUGUUUUGAUACAAUUCCUUUAUCAUUAUUCGGAUUUUUAACAACAAUAGUAGCUAUGAUAUUUACGAGUUUGCUUAUAUCAAUUGUAAUUAAAGAACGAAUGAAUCAUUCGAAGCAAUUACAAUUAAUGUGUAAAUUACCCAAGUUUAUCUAUUGGUUUUCAAAUGUUAUGUUUGAUUUUAUUCUAUGUUUAAUUAUUUGUUCUAUACUAACAAUAAUUAUUAAGAUUGCAGCAAGUUCAACGGAUCCGCUUGCUGAAGUUGUUGCAUUCGGAUCUAUGCCACAAACACUGUUGUUUUUCUUGGUAUUGUUAUUAUAUUCAUGUGCAUCAUUUCCAUAUAUUUAUGUUUGGUCAUUUUAUAUCAAUAGUGAAUUAAUAGGAUUUAUAAACCAUUUACACAACCAU